AUCCUCCCUUCCUCCCUCUCUGACUUUCUCCCUUCCUCUCUCCCUCUCUCUCCUCUAUCUUUUGAGCUUCCAAACAAACACCUUCUUCCAGGCUGAAGCUGGGCUGGUCUCCCUAGGCGCAGCAGCCACAACAAUCCCCGCAGUUCAAAGUUAGGCAGCAAUUGCACAACUUCCAGCAACUCUCUCAGCCAGCUGCUAAUGAGCUUGAAAGCAAGUAACAUCUGAGGAGUUGAAAAGGAAGCUUCCAGCCUUCCUCCCUUCACAAGAGAGACCCAAACACCCCUCCCAGGGCCCAGAUUACUUUGAGAUAAGGACUGUGUUAUUUGCUUGCCUUGCCGGACAGACCAUGGCUCCCUUUGGAAGGAACUUGCUGAAGACACGACAUAAAAACAGAUCUCCAACUAAAGACAUGGAUCCUGAAGAGAAGGAAAUUGUGGUUUGGGUUUGCCAGGAUGAGAAGAUUGUCUGCGGAUUAACUAAACGCACCACCUCCAUCGAUGUCAUCCAGGCGCUGCUGGAGGAACAUGAAGCUACAUUCGGAGAAAAGCGAUUUCUGUUGGGCAAGGCCAGUGACUACUGCAUCGUAGAAAAGUGGAGGGGCUCAGAGCGGGCCCUUCCUCCCCUGACGAGGAUCCUGAAGCUGUGGAAGGCUUGGGGAGAUGAACAACCCAACAUGCAGUUUGUUUUGGUUAAAACAGAUGCCUUUCUCCCAGUUCCACUGUGGCGGACAGCUGAAACCAAACUAGUGCAAACUAAUGAAAAGCCUUGGGAGCUCAGCCCAGCGAAUUACAUGAAAACUUUACCACCAGAUAAACAAAAACGAAUCGUCAGGAAAACCUUCCGGAAACUGGCUAAAAUUAGGCAGGACACAGGUUCUCACGAUCGAGACAAUAUGGAGUGUUUAGUUCAUCUGAUUAUUUCUCAGGACCACACGAUUCACCAGCAAGUGCAAAGAAUGAAAGAGUUAGAUAUGGAAAUUGAAAAAUGUGAAGCUAAGAUCCACUUGGACCGAGUAGGGAAUGAUGGAGCCAAUUACGUUCAGGAGGCCUAUUUAAUGCCUAGGUUCGGUGAAGAAGAGCAGAAGCUAGACAUUCAAUCUGAGGAUAAUCAAGCUCCAGAGGACCUGAAUGAUGGUGAGGGGAUGGCGCAGCUGGAGGAACAGCUGCAAUACUACAGAGCGCUCAUCGAUAAACUCUCUGCUGAGAUUGAGAGAGAGGUGAAGGGUGCAGGGAUUGAUGGGAGUGAAGACAUGGAGGGGGCAGCUGCCUGUGAGCUGGAAAACUCAGAUUUGGAAAGUGUUAAGUGCGAUUUGGAGAAAAGUAUGAAAGCUGGUUUGAAAAUCCACUCUCACUUGAGUGGCAUCCAGAGAGAGAUUAAAUACAGUGACUCACUGCUUCAGAUGAAAGCAAGGGAGUAUGAACUCCUAGCCAAGGAGUUCAGUUCACUUCACAUUAGCAACAAGGAUGGAUGUCAGGGAAAAGAAAACAGAGGAAAGGAAGCUGAGGCUCCCAGCAGCAACGGGGAGAUCCCUCCAUUAACUCAAAGGGUGUUUAACACGUAUACAAAUGACACCGAUUCAGACACUGGCAUCAGUUCCAACCACAGUCAGGACUCAGAAACGACUCUGGGAGAUGUGCUACUGCUGGCAACUUAACUACCAUGGUUUCUUUCUGACCUUAAAUGAUGUUUUGUGUGAUUUAACUAGGAACUCUAUUGUGUAUAUAACUUUGUGAAAGUGUAAACCCUGCUAAAGUGUUCAGUAGUUAAUAAAAACUAAUAGCCACCACUGCUUGUUUUCAUAUAGUAUUUCUAAGUUGACUUUAUUCUAGGUCCACAUGAAGGACUGUGUAUUAGGAAUGCAGUAAAUAAGCUUAUGGUUACGUAACGCAGACGCAAUCUAAUGAGAACUGAUGGAUGAUUCCCGCAGAGCUUCUAUGAGACGUGAAUGAGAUGAACUUAAAAAUCGUUCUCAACGUUGUUCAUCAAACCAUUCAUACUGCAAGCAUGAAGUAAAAUCAACAUGUUUCUCUUUUUUUUUUUUGAUAUUUUAUCAUUAGAAUGUGUAAGUCUGUAAAAGUGCAGGUAUACUCCUAUGUCAUAUAUGUCAUAUAUGGAUUAAUUCAAAUCUUGUUAUCUUUUUAAUAGACUGCAAAAUGUACUGUGUGAGUCUUUUCCUGACUGCUGUUUAAAUGUAGGGACAGGAAGUUGUUGGGACAUAUAUGAUUCCUGACAGUGGAUUACAUUGGGUGCAGAUGAGGCAAAGCCAAGUGCUAUACACAGUCAGGUUCUUCUUCUUUUUUUUUUCCUGAGCAAAUUCUAACAUGAAAAAUGAGCUAUGCACAAGCUUCUUCUGCUCAUUAGACCCUCUGAUCAAACCAAUGCUGGGUGCAAGUUCAUUUUACGUGAGGAGUCACAGUGUAGGCUAAUGAAGAAAUCAGUCAAAGUUUUAUUUGUGCCUUGACUAUAAAAGUAUUGAAGUGGAGUAUAUGGCCGUUUGUAUGGAUAUAUCAGUGUUCUCUUCUCUGGGAGCAUGCAGAGUAGAAAUAAAUUUUUAUUCUCAUACACCAUCAACCAUCUGACAGAGGAAAUCCCGGGUACUUGAAUAAAGAAGUACUUUUAGGCUCCCCCAAGCACAUUAAGGGAAAUUCAAGAAACUGAAUGGAUUAUUUGGAUUCUGUCUUUACUGACAAUUACAAUGUUUUUGUUUGGCUUUGAUAGAUAUGUACUCUCUCUCUCGUCUUCUUGCUAGCUUACUUUCUCCUCCUAUUUGCCUUCUCUUUCUCCUUUCCUUGAAGGAAGACCAGGAUGACAUCACAACCCAAAACAUUCAUUUUAUCAUGUUGUUGUUAACUGAAUACUGAUGUACGUCUAAUUUUCUUUAGUUGGCACAUUUCACACAUGUCAGGAUGCAAGAAGUAGAAAUGUUGUUUGAUGUAUUCACAGUAUGUAGACAUUAGCUAUUAUUCCUAGGACAUUUCUUUUUGAUACACAUUUUAUAACUUUUAACUGUUCUCUCUUUUAAAGCUUGGAGGCUUUAAGAUUUUUUACCAGCUUUAUUUGGAAUUCAAUGUCUCUUUCCAGAUGUUCUUUCUUCCUUCCUUCUUUACCUUCUUCAUAUAUCUUUGGGAAGACACUUGUAUUUCUAGAAAGUUUCAUAUCUGAAAACUACCCACAUUACCAUUUCUUAAAAUAAGAAUAUUUUCAGGCCAUACAAUAAGAAUUUCCAUGGAAAUAUUGAGAUCAUAAAUUAUAUUUUUUAAAGGAAGGAUGGAAUAGACCUUUGUAAAAAUAGAAAAACUCUCUUAUAUGACACCUCAUUAGAUCAUUAAAGCACAUGAUAACUUGUUGACAAAUUUGUUACUGAAAGAGAUUAAAUUCAUAAGAUUAUCAUAAAUGAUAAGCCAUCUGUUACUUUGAUUUUCUAAAAUGAAAGCUAUCUCUUUGGAUUAUACUUUUAAGAAAACAAGUGUUGCAUAUCUCGCUAUACAACUUGACUACCUUUUCUAACUUCAUAAAGAGUUGUGGUAAGGAUUAGACAUAGAGUUUCGCUUUAGGAACUUUGAAUUAACUUUUGCUUUCACACAGUAACUUAGAAUUAUGGUGACUAAGGUGCAAUUCUGCAUUUUCCUUUAAAGAGUUUUUAGAACUUCUGUAAGAAUGCAGUCGUUUUAAACUCAUUGUAGAGUUUAUGCUUUUCCUUAAUUAUUAAAAUGUAUCUGUGCCCUUGCUCAUUACAUGAAAACACAUGGCAAUUAGUUUCCAUGGUGAUACUCUAAUAUAGUCUAAUAUGAGCAUAUUUAUGCACAUAGAAAAAGUGAGUGAUCUCAUGGAUACUACUCUAUUUAUUGUUAAGUUGAUGGUUAAGCUUAUAAAUGCAGGAUUUGAAUGUUUAAUGCUUUAAUUAUCUUUAGAAACUUAGCAAAUUACAAGCCCUUAAGUAGCCUGGCAGAUUAAUCAUGAAAUGGGCAUAUGCAGCUAGAAGUAGACAGCCAUGGCUAAAGAUGUUGAUUUUUUUUCCCAGGACUAGUUUCUCAGAGCAUGCCUGGUGUUUGUGCAUCCUUCUGCUCCUAUAUGCUGAAAUGGUACCUACUUUCCUUCUUUCUGUUUUUGAAGACAGGGUUUCCCUGUGAAGUCCUGGCUGUCCUGGAACCCUUCUGCCUUCAGAACUCUGCCUCCUGAUUACAGGUAUUAAAGGCCUGCACCAACAUGCCCAGUAACUACAUCUGGUAUGCUGGAGUGCUCUUUUAUUUCAGACAACUGUGCUUCUUCUGGCAAUUCUAAUCUUUUAUCUCUGAACUUACAAAUAUCCUAGAUGUACUUCUCUUGUGCUUCUCUUAUAUAGGAUGCUUUCUGUAUUUAUAUAUUUCUCUAACUCCACUCAGUAGAGUUUUAUCUUACUAUGUUAUUAUCUGCCUUUCUAACUCGAUUUGUUAUUACUGACUUCUUAGCCUCUUGUUCUAUUUGUGAAUUGAAUUGCUAAACUAUAAAGGAUUGUAACAUAUUUUUGUGAAAUUUUGUAUUAUAUUUAGUUGUGUAAUUUUUAGAUAAUCAUGAACAUUAUCAGGCUUAAAAAUAUUAGCAGGAAUUCUACUUGUAAAUUUAGGGCGUGAACACUAGAACUUCACAUUGCUAAGAAUUUUAUCAAUAUGAUAUCAUUUUUAAAUUAACAUGAAAAAGUGUAUAUUUUUAA